GUGUCGUACGAGAUGGUUUWCGAUGUCGUCGUCAUGUGACGUUCUAUCUUGUACAAUAACAACAAUAAUUCGUGUGUGUGUGGGAGAGUAUUAUACAUAUUAUUAUUAGAGUAAAGUUAUAAUUAUUAUUAUUUUUGUAUUAAUAUAACGCUAUUAUCCGUUUCGUGUGCGCGUGUGACGGCGGCGUAUCCGAAGACCCUACCCGACCGAGUUACGAAACUCGAUAUUAAUAUUAUAAUAAUAAUAUAAUAUCAGUAUAAUUUAACAUAACUAUUAUUACUAUUAUUAUUAUUAAUAUUAUCGUAUUGUAUUGAAUGGGGAAGAUGUCUUCGGGCACCGCGGGUGCCGCUGCAGCCGCCGACGAGAGGACGAUGACCGCAAAGGAUAUCCGCCUCCAGCUUAACGAACAUCUACGAUGUCUGGACAGUCGAGUCGAAGCACAAGUAUCCUUGGUAUCCGAACUUCAAGAUUACUUCAGAAAACGGGCCGAGGUAGAAAUGGAUUACAGCAAAAGCCUGGAUAAAUUAGCUAAAAGUUUACAACUACGCCACAAAGAACAAAAACAAAAGAGAGAGCAGUGGUCGCUGUUUACCAGCUACUCGUGUUGGCAGCAGCUGGUGUUGCAAACGAAAAAUCUUAGUAAAGAUCACGGGGCGCUCAGUGAGCUUUAUUCUACUCAUCUAGUCAGCAGAUUGUCUCAGGUCACUGAAGAUGUGCAAAGRAUAUAUAAAAGAUGCCGAGAGAUUUGUUACGAAAUCCACGAGGAAAUAUUACGGGUUCUUCACGAGCUGCAUACCACCAUGAAAACAUAUCAGUCGUAUCAGGCGGAAGCCAAACAGGCAGAAGCGAAGCUUAAAGUGGCUGAAAAUCAAAGACUGAAAAUCGAACAGGCAGUUCCUAAAGAAAAACUCGAUAAGUCGAAAAAAGUUAAACUUAUCGGGAAAGAAGUUCAAAAAAGAAAGAACAAAUACUUCGAYGCUAAACUAAAAGCAUUGAAAGCUCGCAACGAGUACAUUCUGUGUCUGGAAGCAACCAAUAGCACAGUUCACAAAUACUUUGUCGAUGACUUAUCCGAUCUAAUGGACUGCAUGGAUUUUGGAUUUCACCACUGCGUGACCAAAGCUUUAAAGAUGCAAACAUCGGCGGAAGAAGGUCGUAUUCAUUCCAUGCAAGCUGGCCUAGACGCUACUAAUCUAAUUGUCUCAGCUAUGGACUCYGGUGUGGACAAACAACGAUUUUUAGAAUUUAACCAUACCGCGUUUAUGAUACCUAAGAAAUUUGAAUUUCAAGGACAAAAAGAUGAGUAUGCGGAACCAGAAUUGCAAAAGUUGCUCUGUGCUGAUAUGGAGACGAGGUUGGAACAACUGAAUCAAAGAGUUACGAGCCUGCACACAGAGUCCGACGAGGUGUGGAAAACAUUGGCUACUGCUGAAAAAACUCUUCUGGAGAUGCUUACUGCCAAUGACUACGAUUGUAGCAAUUAUUUCGGUGAAAAAGCGAUUCCGACGAGCAAACCACCGGAAACCAUUAGUAUUAAGUUGCGAGCAGACAAACACGAGACUGAAGAAUUUUAUCUAACCAAACUACGUGAUUAUCUCAUGAGAACCAGUCGAAUCGUACGUCUAGAUGCCAAACAGCAGCACAUUAACGAAACGUUAACGUCCAUAUGUUGCAAGCGUCCCCAAAAUGGCAACGUCGAUUUGACGCCCGCUAAACUUACUCCUCAGCGACCGUUGCAUAAACCRAUUGUCCGAAGGAAAAGGAUAGGUAGGCUACAGAUGAACGGUCAACCAAAACUGUUUGGCGGGUCCUUGGAGGAAUAUUUGGAUGCAACGAAUCAAGAGAUACCAUUGGUUAUCAAGAGCUGUAUUCGAGUGAUAAACUUAUACGGUCUUCACCAUCAAGGAAUAUUUAGAGUGUCCGGUUCACAAGUAGAAAUAAACAAUUUCAAAGACGCUUUCGAGAGGGGCGAAGACCCGCUUGCUGAUAUGACGGACGCCUCAGACAUAAACUCCGUAGCCGGAGUGUUGAAAUUAUAUUUGCGUGAACUCCGAGAACCUCUKUUCCCAAUCAUUUAUUUCGACCAAUUUAUGGAACUUGCCCAACUCGAAUCACGUCAUAAAUUUGUGUUGAAAAUGAAAGAACUCGUUCAAAGCUUUCCAAAUCAAGUGGUUGUCAUGUUGAGAUAUUUAUUUGCGUUCCUAAACCAUUUGUCCGAGUUCAGCGAUGAAAACAUGAUGGAUGUAUACAAUCUGGCUAUUUGUUUUGGUCCGACAUUAGUGCCGGUUCCCGAAGAAAAAGACCAAGUCCAGUACCAGAACUUGGUCAACGAUCUCAUAAAAAAUAUAAUUCUAUUCCACGAAGACAUAUUUCCGUCGCCGACGGAUAUCGGUGGGCUUGUGUACGAAAAGUACAUAUCCCGCGAGCCCGAUGACGUUGACGUGGGCGAUUCACCUUCUGACCAUGCCCAGGAGGACAUCGACUCUGAGGUUUACCCAUCAGAAGACGACGAAGAACGUGAGAAACCUGCGGUUGAACCUUGCGCCAAGUCCAUCACGUCCUCGGACGAUUCGACCAGACGACGGACGUCAAGCUCAAACGAUUCAGUGCUGUCCGAAUCCGCUGCUUCCGGUUACUCGUCGCCGCCGCUGGCCGACGUUCCGUGGCCACCGAACUCGGUGGGCUCCGGGACUGCGGCCGGAAGAAACUCUGCGUCGUCUUCGCCGCACCGCCGAGCCGUGGCCGACGCGCCCACUCACGAGAUGGGCAGCACCGACAGCUUGGACUCGGGCAAGGACUCGGCGUUAGACGAACAGUCGCCACUGCACGAUGGCAUGCCAAAGAUCCCCUGCAGGCAGCAGCCGCCGAUCGCGGAAGGGCGCCGGAAACGAGCGGAAAAGUACUCGACGUCGUCGCCGCCACCGGUUGCUGCUCGCGAACACCACAACCGGUCAAAGUCGGCAGACUGCUGUGGCGUCAGUGCCGGCGACGAUGACGGUUCGCGGGCCAAGACCCACGCCAAAAGCCUGAGCGUGGGCGACGACUCGUUCGACCACAAGAUCCARCUGUGGCGGAAGCGGGCCGACUCGCAGGGAUCCAUCGACCGGAAACCGCUGCCCGCCGUCCGGCACCAGCUUCAGCAGCACUCCGUCGACACGAAGGCUCCGGGCGGAGCCCCCGAUCUGGUCAUGGACCUUCCGGCCAGGACUUCCGGCUGCGCGGUGACUCCGCAGGACGCGGCAGCCACCGCCGCGGCUCAAGAACCCGACAGCCCGGACAUGGGCACGGCCGCAGAGCGUUUCGCCAAGCAGAACCAAUGCACGUUGAAAAAGUACAGCAAACCAUUGCCCGCCGUCCCACAGCUGGCCAACGGCGGCGGCGACAAGCCCGAACUUCCGCCCAAGUUGACCAAGCCUCCGCUCAAGGCCAAGCCGCAGAUAUUCAAAAAACCUGUCUUUCUCGCGUCCGGAAAAGUCAAUAACGACGGACCGAUGCCACCACACCAUCCUUAGUAGUAUCUACGUUCAUCUAUUCCUAUACCGGAUACGACCGCGACCUGUAGUGGGACUUCCAGUAUUGGUUUCCUAGUGCAAAACUGUGUCGACGACCUCCAUCCCACAAAUAAGGAUAUAUAUAUUAUAUUGUACGAUCGCCUACAACGAAUAUUAUAACGUUAAUUAUUUCAUUUUUUUUUUUUUUGCAUACCAUUUAAGUAGGGAUCCACCCACUAAAGCGACUGUUCUUCCCUGUGAUCUUUCUUAGUUAUGUUACCGCAAACACUCGUCAACCCGUCGCCUUUAACCGUGGGCUAUACAGUUUGCUCACAAUUUUGUUGGCCAAUCAGAAUUUGACUUUUGGUACAACGGUCGUCCCUGCAGUAUCAUCACCACGUAAUAUAAUAGGUACCRCUUAGCAGUCGCCAUUGUUGACGCGAUCGUUUCAUAUAAUAUCCAAAAAAAACAUUACGCGUGUAGCCUAUUACAUAAUAGUAGUGCUAUGUCCUAAGAAUAUUUCUAAUCUUCGACAAACGGUCAUUCCUUUUUCAAACCAUUCUUWUUAAAAUAUUUAUAACAUAUUUAUUUAUUUAAACAUUAUUUUUUAAUCGAUAUUAUGAUACCAUACUAAUUUUACGAUACUAUUACAAUACGUCAUUUUUUAGUAAGUAAUUUAAAUAUUCUAUGUGUGCAUUUAAACGUCGUUCGCGUGAGUGUGUGCAGUUGCCUACGUACCCGAGUGUUUUACACGAAAACAUGAUAUACAAACAAGAAUCAUAGCAUAUUUUAUUGAAUCGAACCUGAUCUCAUGUAUUAUAACAAUAUAAUAAGUAUAAACCAAUAAUUGUUAUCCAAAGUUACUGUAUUAGAUUCUGCGGACGGAGUUUUUACGCGGCAACGCGAAGGCCUAUAAUGAUAAUAYGAUAUAUUUAUUAAUUUUUUCGAUCACGCUCAAAUCGCGUCCGAAUACUGAAUAAUAAUAAUAUUAUAUAAUAUGUGUAUGUAAACGUAAUUUACAAGCGCCCGUUUGGCUUGUUCGGACAUUUUUCGAUCGAGACCGUUGUGAAUGGCACUCAAUCUGAAACGRUCUCGGCGAGACCUGCCACGAACGUCUGAAUUCCGAGAGGAUCGCACCGCGCCCGCUCCCACGUGGACAAUAAAAACGUAAUGAAUUGUCGAGCUCAUUGAAUUGCGUCGAGACUGAAAAUAUUUUCGUGCUUUUACCCUUUUUAAGAGUGGAACGAGACUGAUUGUAUUAGAAUUUUAUGAAGAGAUCAUGAUAAUAAUAUAAUAUAAUAAUAUGUGAUUUGUAGAUUUUGUUUAGUGCGCGGAAUUCGAGGGAAAAAAUGUAAGUCAAACUUUAUAAUACAGAUUUAAGUGAUGCCCAAAUUUUGUGUUCCGUUUUCAACCAAUCUGUUCGYGCGUGUAAUAUGUAUAUAAUAYUGUUUACUCCUCGUUGUAAGGUACCUAGCUACAAUGUUCUCAUCAGGACACCAACGACGUCACACUGAAAAAUUACAACAAUAAUCAAUAUAUUAGUUUUUGGGCGCAGAUACUAAGGGACGAGGGCCAUAUUUUAUAGGACCUAGAUACAAUAACGUUAACCCGGCGCCCAACGAAUUGUAUAACAUGUAUGAUGAAAUUAUUUCGUUUUGUAUUACGCUAUUCCCAUAUAUUGUAUUAUAUUAAUUAUUAGACACUAGACAUAUGUAAUAUAUAAUAUACACAUUCCCAUCUGAACGGCCCUCUUCCCAUUUUUUGAUCCUGGUUCCGUGCCAGUAUUUGUUUCCACUGCGAUAUUUUAUAAAUCGCAUUCGUUUUAAAUAUUAUAUUAUAUACCUUUUUAAUAUUACAUAUAUGUUUAAUAUUAUUAUAUAUUAUAUCUAAGCGUACUUCCAGAAAAGAUUUUGCGUACUUGCAUCAAAAUCGUAUUAUUAUUAUUAUUUUUUUAAAUUGUUGUAAUAUUAUUUUUACCGUUAUUAUUGUCAUUAUAUUUUUUAUGUUGCAAUACUUUGGACGGGUAAAUUAUGUUAACGUGUGUAUAACGACUUGUAAACGCCAACACAUUGGCCAACCGAAAUGUAUUUUCCAUUUUGAUAUUGUUUUGAAACCGUUAUUUUAUACAUAAAUUCAUUAUUUUAUGUCGACAGGGUGAUACCAUAAACAUACUCGUCCUCCGCCAAAAUAUGAGAUUGAUGUAUUAUUGUUCUACCCAUAAAAGUAUUUUUUUAAAACGAUUAUUAUUAUUAUUAUCAUUGCAUUAUUGAUAUAAUUAUGUUAUGAUCCGCGUAUAAAAUUCUAAAACAAAGAAAUUUAUUUUUUACGCUAAAAAAAAAAAAAACGUUUGAUAUUGUCGAAAUAUAUCCCCCACCUCCGGGUGACGUUCCGACGAAAUAUAACAAAAUCAUUAUUUUCGUCCCUAUAUUAAUUAUAAUAAUAUUACCUACGUGACGUAUAUAAUAUAGUUCAAUGCCCAAUCGGUUGCCAAACGUUCCCCUAUUUUUGUACGCGCCAAAUGUCUUGUUUUUAUUUAUAUAAAAUAAGUAUGUAAGUUAUGUCCCAGUGCUCUAUAUCUCAUUCUCUCUCCAACUGUCAUUGUGCAUCUGUCUAUUAUCUCUCUCCGUACAUGUUUAAAGUAUUUAAUAAAUUACAUUAUAUUAUAUUGAUAAGCGUGCGUGCAUUUGUAACCCAGUGCGUGUGUGUGUGUGUGUUUAUACAUUGUUAUCGUUGUCAGCAUCCUGAAACGAGUAUUGAUUGUGCAAAGAUACGACGUAUGUAAUCCGAAAAUGUAGUUAAAUCGAAUCGUCGUAUCAUGUAUCGAGCACCGCAAAUGGACACCUGUCCUACUGCGUUGUAGUCAUUGCACUGUGUUUAGGAUUUUUUUCGACUUUUAGUUUUGAUGAUCCUAAUCGCUGGUAUUCUUCGUUUUUCUUCCAACACACUUUAUCGAUGGCGGUCUUCAGUACAUCCUCCAUUUUUUCAACUUUUUACAUUAUUUUGUUUUGUCAAUAAAUAAAUUAGUUAAUUAAAAAUCAUUCAACCAAAUUCA